AUAGCAUGUUUCAGACACAUUUCACAUAUAUAGGGAUGUGAUAUGGAUAUGAAUGUUUCUAGAUACAAACAUUUGUCAGUAUUUUUGAAAGAAAUGUCAUAUUUUCUCCUAUUUUUAAGGAUUUUUAGCUGGUUUGUGUAAUGCAAAUUAAAUGAACUGAAGGUCACUAAAGUGAGCUGUGCUACCGUCAGACGAUGGGUGGCCCCCAAAUAACGCACAUUCUUCCACUUUUGGUGGUCUGGAUGGUGUGUAGUUCGUUAUCAACAACAACAUCAAACACAACACAUGGUAUUGGUCAAGAUUUACAAACACCCGAAAACAGCACUGCCUCCAUUCCAAACAAUGGCUCCCAAGAAUCUUGUCGGGGAGUAAACUUACAAGACGCUAGCCGCAGUAUAUCAGCAGCUGUGGACACAUUUGUAGAGAGGCUAUCUUGUAAAAGAAAGAAAAAUGCAAGCCUACCAGAAGACUUUUUCACCAAAGUUGAACAAAACCUCAGAGGGAUUGUAGAGUCAUCUUUAAAUGUCUUCUUAGACUUGGACACUACUGCAUCUGGAGCUGAUAUUCUGGAGCUAUUUGGAAUCUUGAACAGCCUCAGUCUAGGAAACCUGAGUGACCCAACAUUUGUCCAACUGUGGUUCUCACUGAAGAUGUCUCCGUUUUUACCCUACAUCAGUGAAAGCUUCCUAAUCCAACUGGGGAACCAGAAUUUCACCUGCAGUUCUUUCCAACAGCUCGUGAAGUCAUUCAGCAACCAAACAGCACUAAUGGAUAUGGGCAAACGGCAAGAAGUCUUCACUAACUUUGUGAAACCUUUCCUGACAAGAACUGAUUCAAUGGAUCCUGGCUGCAUCCUAUUUGCCACUGACAUUCGGCAUUGGUUACACACAAACCUUGGAAGCUUUUCUGACUUUGCAACGUUAAAGGAUUUGCAAACCUUUUGGAAUUUUAACUAUGUUGAGGUUGCAGAUCUUCUGAGUUUCAGUCAGCUGACCCAGCUUGCAGCAAUACCAUCACAGAUAAUUACUACACAAGAUGUGACAAAAAUUAUGAACGCCAUCAAUACUGCUGACCUUGGUGCUUUCUUCGACAUAGUCUCACCACUCAUUGAGGCCCAGCCUUCCAGCUACACACAGGAGGUGAAAUCUGCCUUCCUUCAAGAAAUUCUAGACAGAGCUAGUCUGUCCUCUCCAGCUGUUAGUGAUGAUGAGUUCCUGCUGUGGCUGAGGCUUCGAAUGAGGCCUUUCCUGGUCAAUUUACCUCCGGGUUUGGUGACGCCUUUAUUCAGCACUGCAACAAACAGGAGCUGUAACAUCAACCAGGAAAUGAUUCAAUUGCUUGAUCAAAUACAAAUUACUCUAAGCAACUACACCAAAACAGAAAUCUACAACAACAUUGUCUUCUUGCUCCAAGGUCCAACACAACUGAAGUGUUACAACAGUGGAAGCUUCUACAUCUUCCUACAAAAUAGCUUCCUCAGCUUUGGUUUUCCUGAUUUGACAACAUUUGUUUCUCUCCUGCCACUAACACGCAAAUCAGAGAUUUUAAACACCAUCAGCACCUCAGAGAUACGUCAGAUCCUCAGUCAGCCUGGUGUAAUGAAUGGUUCACUCACCUGUGUCAUCUUUAACAACUACUACAACUCUGCAGCAUUCCUAGAAAGUGUAUGUCUGCUCCAUACUGCUGCCAGACUAUGGCAGGCCGUUGGAGUAAUUUACAAAGACAAUGGACAUGCUGUGGUUUUGUUGGACCUAGAUCUUAUGGUGGCCUUUGACACAAUAGACCACCAGAUCUUAUUGAACCACUUAGAGCAAUGGGUAGGGCUCUAUGGAGAUGCCUUGCAGUGGAUGAGAUUUUACCUACCAGAUAGGUCUAUUUGUGUCUCUAUGGGCACUUGUUUAUCUGAGGAUGCUCCUCUGAAAUGGGGGGUUCCUCAGGGGUCUGUCUUAGGCCCUUUGCUUUUUUCCCUCUACCUGCUCCCUCUGGAAAUGUUGUUUUGGAAGCACAAUAGGGAGGAGGAGUGUACAGUGGAGAAUACAGUUGGUACGGCUCUCCCUUGCCCUGUCUCCAACAUCCCUCCACCUAAAAGGCUAGUGUUUAUCUCCCAAGAAGAAGCUAAAUGGUGUUCUGCUAGUAACCUCAUGGAGGGGGCCAUCAGCUAG